CGCGCGUAAACUGUAUCCUUCAUUCAUUGUUAGCUUCCUGGAGCCAUUUUCAACAAGCCAGGUUGCGCUCCGUGACGGCUCAACAAUCCGAUCCAUCUGCUAAAAUGAGCGAGUUUUAUGUCGACAAAAUUUGACAUAUCGGUAGUUUAGACGGCGAUCUAAUGUUGUCCGUGAGUAUUGUAAACGGAAUCCCGGCGGAUAAGUAGUAAAUUGGGUUUAAACUAGGGUGGGGAGAAAAGGCAUCCGAGUCCACAAAGAUGAGAAGAGGGAUAACACCAGCUACGGAGAAAGUAAUUAUUGCAGGGGUUGCAGGCUCUUCGCUCGAAAAUAACGUAGUUUUGACUGCAUUAUCUGAUCGGUUUACGUCCUCUCUUCCCACUACCACUUACAUACAUAUAAUAACUCCGCCGCCUAGCAUUUCUCAGACCUCAAAUGUCUGCCUUUCUGAAUCUUCGAAUGCCAAUCUGUACACCACUCCUCACGGAGCUUCACUUGGAACAGGACAGCGACCAACAUUAGGACGUCCACCGGCUAAGAGGCGGCUGGCGUUGGACGACACCGACCCUCUUCCUACACCUCAGUUGUCACUUGCGUCGAAAAGCAGAGAUGCCACCACCACCCUGGUCAACAGCAAGCCCUGUAAAACUCCGAAGUCUCCCGCGGACAAGGAGAAGUCUCGGUACGACACGUCCCUGGGUCUCCUGACCAAGAAGUUCCUCUCGCUGCUCAGCCAGUCCGCCGACGGCGUGGUGGACCUGAACUGGGCGGCCGAGACGCUGGGCGUGCAGAAGAGACGCCUCUACGACAUCACCAACGUCCUGGAGGGUGUCCACCUUGUCAAAAAGAAGUCCAAGAACAACAUCCAGUGGAUGGGCUGUAACCUGUCAGAGGCGGGGGGCGUUGGGACCCAGCGGCAGGUCUUGAACGGCGAGCUGGCCCGACUGCAACAGGAGGAGCAGCGGCUUGACCAGCUCAUCACCAGCUGUACCCAGGACUUCAAACUCAUGACCGAGAACCCCGCCAACCAGAAGCUGGCAUAUGUGUCGUAUGAGGAUCUGCGGCGGAUAAGCACUCUGAGGGAUCAGACGGUCAUCGUGGUCAAAGCGCCGCCCGACACCAAACUAGAGGUGCCCGAUCUGGAACAGAACUUGCAGGUGCAUCUGACCAGCACCAAGGGCCCCAUAGACGUGUUCCUGUGCCCAGACGAUGGGGAGGCGGAGACCAUGGUCAAAGAGGAGGGCCAGGAAAUCAGCUGCAGCGAUGGUAGCAGUGGACAUAACCCCUCUUCUUCCUCUUCCGGGUUCAUGAGGGUGUCUGAUGAGGGCGAUAAAGAAAAGGAGCACUCGUCUCCGGCGGUCACGGUGACCAACCUGUCCCCCAUCGACUCGCCCUUCACCAGCCUGCUGCUGCAGACGGAGGACCAGAACCCGGGCUCGUCGGGGGAGGGGGUGUCGUCUACGGACCUGUCCUCCUUCCUCAGCCUGUCGCCCCCCCUGCUCCAGGACGACUACCUGCUGGACCCUGACGAGAGCGUGGGCAUCAGCGACCUGUUCGACACAUGCAACCUGGACAAGCUGCCCCUAGACUACCUUCUGUGCAACUGAUGCUGCCUACCAAAGCCCACCGUGCACAGCUGUGGGCACACACAUCCUGUACACCUGCCGUCUCUGUCUCUUUUACUUACACACACACACACACACACACACACACACACACACACACACACACACACACACACUAAUGAUCAUUGAUCAUUAAUCAUUUCAGUCAUGGGAAAGCCUUUGUAAACUCAAUAGCUACAGUAUGAAAGUGAAAGCCCAACUUGGAAACUCCAACUCCCACUGUCAUUGUGACAGAGCCCUCCACUGCACACAAGUGCACACUUCACACCACAAAAAUGGUGCGAAAGAGCAGUGCGGCAGGACGGUACCGUGCUCAGGGUACUUUGGUCAUGGAGGAGGAUGGGUACAGCACUGGUUAACCACUCCCCCCACCCACCUGGCAGGUCGGGUUUCGAACCGGCAACCUUUGGGCUACAAGUCUGACGCCCUAACCGCUUUACAGAAGACUAAUGAGCCUACCUGCAGCUUAUUGGAAGACUCGUUACGCUCUUACCUAAAGGGGGUAUAAUAAUGACAUGGGAGUUUUAUUGUUCAAUUAUUGUCAUUGGAUGUAAUAUAAUUAUUAUAUAAAGUUUAUAAUGACUUGGCCACUCAAGACUGGGGGAAACCAACCUCCUUCUUUGGGUUAAGGUGGCAUGUCCCUAAUGCCAAGAUGUAAUAUUAGUUGUAUGUGUGUGUGUGUGCGCGUGCGUGUUUUGUGUGUGUUUUUUGUUUUUUGUCCGAUGAACAGUGGGGUUGUUUUCUCCCCUGUUGAAUGAUCUUGGUACAGCUGCACAGGCAUGCAGUACAAAUGUUUCACACAAUGCGAAACGGACCUACCAGGCAGUCACCACAUGCAUCCAACUCCACUCUGCUCUUCGCAUACCUGCUCCAACAAGAUUAUAAUAGCAAAGUGCACUUCUUAGCUUCUUGGCUACGAACAGGGCUUUUAAGCUAAACCGAGACAUCCACACACACACUGCACAUACUCAAUACACACUCACUACGAUUAAUUUGUAAUGAGUGAUAUACAAGAACCAAGAUGCACUCGUGUUGAUGGUGCCUUAGCCACUUAGUCAUCCCUUGGCCCUCAACACCCCUCCACCCACCCCCACCCCUGUUCCAUAACAGUUUGCUAUAGGUAAUAUCACAUGUCCGUGUUGACGAAAGACCUAUAGGUGGCCUCUUUGCUGACCUAUUUCUAUUUCUAUCUGAAUGGUUAUUGCAAGUAUUUAAUUUGACAAAGCAAUACUGAGGUGUGUGUGUGUGUGUGUGUGUGUGUGUGUGUGUGUGUGUGUGUGUGUGUGUGUGUGUCAUGAGUGACCCACCAGAGCCUAGCAAUUACACACCACCAUUCUGUGCACCUCACCCCGCCCAACACAAACUUGCACUGCUCCUGAGAAAUCUACAUAUGCCCAUACUUUUCUACAAGUCCUCCUCCUACAAGCCAAGUGUCAAUCACAAAGUCUUAGCUCAGUCUGGACACAGCGUUCUAGCCUGUGGUAUUUGCUCCAACCUUUGACCCCUGGCUCUCAGAGGAAGCUCCAUCCUGGAUGCUUCUAUGUGGCAGUGGAAUUAUUUUGUGCUCGAUAUGUCGGCCAUACACAAUACUUGCCUCCCUUUUCAAAAUGGCUGAACCCAAUACGAGGACAUUUCCUGGAAUUAAUUUACUUCAAAUGCACUUUAUACUGCUCUUUCUGACUUGCAGGGAGCCAUACCCAUUUGAACCACACAGCCAUAUAAGGAAUGCAGGAUUCCCUUCUUCCCUAGCAGGCUACGUUGUCCCCAGACUUUUUAUGAAGACAGAAUGAAAACAAGAAAAUGGAAAGGGAUUCUCUGUCAUGGCAGAGACAUUUCAACACCAUUGAUAUUACAUACGCUUUGUCCA